CCGGUGAAUUCUUGUUUACUUGUUACGCGCAUGCAGCGGGCACGGUGCGGUUUUAGGGCAAGCCCUUCGACGGAAACGCAUUUAUUCCGCCGGAGCAACCGAUCUGUGCGCCGAUCCGUAACACGAAGUAACGUAAAGUCAGAAAAAUAAAUCAUGAGCUCAGGUAGACCAAUAAAAUGUGUAGUGGUAGGGGAUGGAACAGUAGGAAAAACUUGCAUGUUAAUAUCCUACACGACAGAUAGUUUUCCAGGGGAGUAUGUACCUACUGUGUUUGACAACUAUUCAGCACCUAUGGUUGUCGAUGGGAUUCCAGUUAGUCUGGGGUUAUGGGACACAGCGGGACAGGAAGACUACGACAGACUUCGUCCUCUGUCCUAUCCUCAGACAGACGUGUUUCUCAUUUGCUUCUCGGUAACGAGCCCUUCAUCGUUCGAAAAUGUCACCAGUAAAUGGUAUCCAGAAAUAAAACAUCACUGCCCAGAUGCACCAAUGAUACUCGUUGGAACUAAAAUAGAUUUACGAGAUGAUCGUGAAACACUUACUGCCUUAGCUGAACAAGGCCUUAGUGCUAUUAAACGGGAACAGGGACAAAAAUUGGCAAACAAGAUUCGUGCAGUGAAAUACAUGGAAUGUUCUGCUCUCACACAACGUGGACUGAAGCAGGUAUUCGACGAGGCGGUACGCGCCGUUUUAAGACCCGAGCCGCAGAAACGUCGACAAAGGAGGUGCAUUAUGUUAUAAACGAUGAAAGGAAUUGAAGGAAAUCAGCUUAGGUAAACACAUAUAUAAAACAACAGAUCAAAAUGAAUUUGAUCAUUGAACGCAAAGAGAAAAUAUGAAUGUUUUAAAGAGAAAAUGAAUAGUACGUGCAUUUUAACGAAUUACUCUGGCAGCUAUAGGGUACCGCAUCACAGAAAGAGUACAAUUUAUAACUUCCUGGUCUCAACGCGAGUCGUGAUGCUAAAAUCACGACCAGAAAGUUUAGACAACGAGAAAGUAAGAGAAAUAGAAUAACUAUUUAGCAGCAUUUUGCAGGAGGAAGUAUGUUGCAAGCUUGCGGGUGUCUUUCCUUAAACUUGCAUUCAUGCAUAUAUUUGCAUAUUGGUAAAAAAAUAUGUGAGGCCACAAUAAUGUGCAGUCGAUACUCUAAUGAGGAUUUAUUCCCUAGAAACGGUUCAUGACAUUUUUUUAUAUUCUACAAGAGAAUCUCUGUUAAUUCAAAUUGCAGUCCUGCAAAUUGAUGAUAAUACAGUGUAAAUGUGCUGUGAUGAUUACGAGCAUUAAGUACAGAAGCUUUACUUAUCAGGGCUGCCAGAUUUUCGACUUUUUACAUUUACAAUAGUAGGAACAUUGAUUUUAGUACAUAUAAUGCGAUAGCUACCAUUACAAUCACAUGCUGGAAAGUUUUACGCGACGUGAAACUAGCAUUGUAGAAUUAUUUAAACAUACAGUGCCAUAGCAACGAAAAAUCAAAUGCAUGUCGCAAGCACUUUUAAUCAAUCAGUUCUAGACAAUAUAUGUGUAUAUUUUACUAACAAUCGUUCUUAACGUGGGAAUUUUUAUCAGGAAAAAAAAUUUCAUAACGGAAAUGAAAAAAAUACGUAAUGUUUAGAAGUAGCAUGUUUGUCUUUCUAUUUUUUAAGGGCAUUUAAGAUUUUUAUUUGUAUUAAUAUUUUUAAUAAGAAAUGUAUGGUAUGCAUACAGAAUACUGCCAUAUAAAAUAACACAACACACGACAAUUUUAUAGUAUUCCUCCUGUCGUUAGAGAAGGAAAAUUGGUAACUUUGUGUGACAAUUUAAGUUUGAUCACGAUGCAUGGAAUAUUUUAUUGUCUAGAAUUGCAACAAUGUUUUCCAUGCUUAUGUGUUGAAAGGAGUAUUAUUUAUGUACAUUAAUAUUUAUUUUAUUUUGAUAAAUUGAAAAUUGAAAAAGAUUUUACUAUGAUUUUGUUGGAUAAUUUGUAUGAUUUGUAGGAAAAUAAUUUCUUAUUUACAAUAUAAUGUUUUUUUUUGUUUGUGCUUGUAACAGUUACGAUAUUGUACAAGAGUUGUUGCAUUGGUGCAAUUUGACUAAUUGAUAUUAUUCAAACCUUCCACAUAAAAUGAAUCUUCUUUGCAAAACUAAUAAUCAAAAAGAUAUAUCAGUUGAGUAAUAACGCGAAAUGCCAGUGACGAGUAAUGCAAGUCCACUUAAAUUGAGAUAUACGAACAUAGCACAACGUAUUUUCUUAAAUACCACGGUGUAUCCCGGUACGGUGUAUCUUCUUCCAUUUAUUUGUAUGAGAAUUGUUUACAUGAAAACGAAAAUCUAGUAUGAUAAUUUAGAAAGAUAUAUGUCUUGUACAAAUAAGUGAUUUAUUGCUAUAAAGUUGCUCAUAUCACUGUUUCUAAUUCAUUACACCAUUAAUUAAUUGUAAUUGCGACUGUACUUUUUUUUAUUUACAUUAUUUUUUUUUUUUUUUUUUUUUUUAACUGAACUGAUUUUAGUUUCAAAAAUCAAAUUUUAUUGCCAUAGAUGUACUCUCUAAGGAUUCAAUGAUAAAGUAGUGUGAUGAUAAAUGGAUAUUACCCUUGUGAUCAUGCUAUUUUUUUAUAUUUGAAAGCCUAGGAUAGAAGAGAUAGGACCUUUGUGCCAUAUGCUUUUCGUUUGUGAAACAAAAAUUAAAAUGUUACAACUACGUAUUCAAGGCAAAUGCCCGAAUAAUUUACAAUCCUCUCGAACAAUUCGAUAAAGAAAAAGAGAACACAUUUAACAUUAGAGCAGCUGAGAUUCGACAAUUAUUUAGGAAAAUAAUUUAAUGUUUUAUUUCUAAAAGGAAAUAAGAACCAAUUAGAAAAUGAUAAAAAAAAAGUUUUCUUUCACACAAUUAUUAAUAUUAAUUAAUUUAUGGGGACACAAAUUUUACGGUUGCUUAAUAAAGCAAAAUGACUAUUUUUUUUGGCUGUUCUAAUGUCAGAAUGCUAUAAGAAGCAAACAAAAAGGCAUAUUACAGUUCAUUAGAUGUACAUAAUGUAGUAUAUAGAAAACAUACUAUAAAUUUCGGUCGUAUCUGUGUCUUUUAUGAUGUGAUUUUGGAUUUUUUCUGCUCUUGAUAUCUUUAUAUAUGCGCCAAUAGGUCUUAUCACGAAAUGAAUUAAUUAAUUAAAAUACAAAAGGCCAAGAAAUGGAUGCAGUAAUAUCUGUACUUUGUUUGAUUUGUGUGACAUGUCUAAAAUAGCAUAGCAAUUAUUGCUAUAUAAUUAUAUCUCUGUAAUUUAUCUUAUAAUAUUUAUAAUACUCUUUCGAAAAGUUAUAAUUUACCCUACGAUAUUUACUAAAUUAAAAAUGUAUGUCUUGAUCGAACGAGAUUAUCCUUUUUUAUCUUUCUUUUUUUUAUUGCAAUCUAAGAUAGUUUAAAUUCUUCAUAUGUAUAUGUAUACCUACAUAUGUAUAAUAAUGUAUUAAUUAUAACACAAUAAUAUACUAUAAUUAUAUAUUGUAAAGUAAUGUUAUGCAUAGGUUUUGCAUUUCUUGUAAGUAGUGCAUUUACUUUACAGAUUUCAGCUACUUAUCGUUAGUUUUUCUAUCUUGCAUAUCGUUAAAUCAAUUAGCAAUAGUAUUUGUCAGUUUAUUUUUAUUCUGGUUUUAUAUGCAUUUUUAUACCAGGUGAUUGACAUAACUUUUUAAUGUUUCUCAUCAUGGAAACACAAAAUUAAAAUUAACACAAUUAAUAGCAGUAAUAUUACUAACAAAUGUUGAGAUAAGUGGGCGAUAAGUUGGGGCGUUCGUUGUAUUUUUCAAAAGUUUUACUUUGGUAAUGUAAUUUAAGUUACACUACUUACAACUUCUGCAUUUAAUGAAUAUUGUAAGAUCCGAAUUUUUUUACGUUUUAAUCUCUCCUCUUUUGAACGAAAAUUAUUGAAGAAUGCUAUAAACCAAAGUUAUAUAUUACAAUUUAAGAUAACAAUCUACUUUUUUUAUUAUGGACUAUUGCACAUAAGUAUACAAAGAAUGAAUGUAUGAAAUGUAAAAAUAUUCUAGUCACCACAAAUCUGCUUCUAAUCUUUGUUUGUACGUGAAUAAUGCUCUGAGAUUGCAUAUUAUGAUCCCUGAAUGAAGCAGUUUAAUGUGUGAAUGAGCGAAAUGGGGAUGAUGAUGAAAAGAAAAAAAGGGACAUGAAAGUAAAGAUGCAACUUAAUAUUGUCAAUUUAGAUAGAAUGCAAGAAAACCAAACGAUGGAAGUAGAAAUUUCUGUAGAAAUUACAAAUGUAUGUACAUGUACUAGGAUAUAACUUUAAUUAUGAGUAAUUUAUAAACAUUUGUCUAUUUUCGUAAAAACUUCCAUAGAAUUUAUUAUUUAUGUACUAACGGGACAGCACAAGAGAGCAUCCAGUUGCUUUUACAAAUGUUUAAUUCAUCGAUUUCUCCAAUUUAUAACACAGCCCGAUAAAUUUGUUUUACAAAAGCAAUCUAUCUAUAAUUGAUGUAUUCCCUAUGCUUAAUGCACUCUUUUGCUGUCAACACGAUUGCGAAGCGGUAACAAAUAGUGGCCUCGAAUUUAAUUUGGAUUAUCCCAGUUUCCUUAUGAGAAAAUUACAAUUAACAAUAACAAUUAUGAUGUGAGUAACAUGAUUACAUAAACGCAUAUUCUAUAUGGCACUAGGAAGCAUUUAUUUUUUAUUUAUAUGUAUUUUGAAAACAACUUUUUCAAAUAAACGAUACACAAUAAAAUCAUUGCAAAAUAAUGUAGUGUAGAACACACUGCUGGCUGCCUGUAUACUUGGAAAAGUUUUCUUCUGCCUCAAUUUAGUAUUAAUAUGCUUCAUUAAUGCUUUUAUCCGUAUAAAAAUUUGCUUUUGUAUUAGAAACUAUUUUACAAGCAAAACAAUGUAUAAAACACAAGUGUA